AUGAUAAUAUCUUCUGUUUUUUCACUAAGAAUAUAUUAUGGAUAUAAUAUAUAUUCAUUUCCUAAAUGGGAACAGAUUAUAAAAAAUGCUGAAAAUGUGACAAAUAAUUACUACGAUAGUCCAUGUUUAAAUAUAAAAAACAAAAUUCCUGAAGAUAAAAUUAAUUUACUUAGUGACUCCUUGUGUAAAACUACUAUGGUUUAUUUUAAAGAAAUACGUAGUGUAAAUGAUUACAAAAAAGAAGAAGACGGAUGUAAAUACAUGUAUUAUUGGAUAUAUAAAAAAACUGAGAAAGAAACUAAAAAAAGAAUUAUGCUAACCAAACAAAUUUAUAAUUAUUUACUGCAGAAAUAUAAUGAAUAUAUAGAGGAAGUGUGCAAGUAUUACAAAGACAUUAAUAUCACUGACGAUGAAAUGGAAAAAGUCGACGAUAUAAAUGAUAUGCAUAAAUACCUUAUUAGUAUAAAAAAUGAUGAUGAAAGUUCAGAUAAAAAAUGUAGCUGUGCAAUAAAAUUUAUUCUUUUAGAUAGUAAACACAAGACUUAUUGUGAAUCUAAUUAUAACCAUGAUUUUUGUAAAGCAUUAAUGUUCUUAAAAAAUGAGUUUAAUGAAAAAAUAAAAACUAUAAAUUGUGAUAAUAGUGAUUACGGAAUGAUAUUUUCUUAUCAAAAGGAUAAUUCUAAACGUCCUAUUAUAAUUUCAAUUGUUGCAGUAUUACUAGCAUUCUUUCUUUUGAUUAAUGUGUAUAAGUUCACCCCUUUUGGUGCAUACUUGAGCCUUACUCUAAAGAACAGAAUAAAUACGUGGAAUAAUGAAAGCGAAGAACGAAAUAGAUUUCAAUUAUCUGAAAUAUCCACCAAUGCAUCAACGAAUAAUAUAUAUAAUAUAUUAUAUAAAUCUACAUAA